ACUGUUCGAUGACCGCAAACGCAGCCCUGAAGGCGUUGGUUCAUCGUCAUUUUGCAUGGGAAAAAAUCGUCGAGUUGAAUUCGAAUUUUUGUAAUUGCAUUAACUAUAACGAGAUAGCUAAACGAUAGACGCGUAAGAAUCAACAAAUCUGUGCCAUUUUGUAAGCAAAUAAGUGUCCAGUUCGUGCUGAGUGUUGUGAAAUCAUCAUUAUUAAUUUCCAAUGACGACGAUUCGCAAGAAAUUGGUAAUUGUCGGCGACGGUGCCUGCGGUAAAACUUGCCUUCUGAUUGUCUUCAGCAAAGAUCAGUUCCCCGAGGUCUAUGUGCCCACUGUCUUCGAGAACUAUGUGGCCGACAUCGAGGUGGAUGGUAAACAGGUGGAGCUGGCCCUGUGGGAUACGGCCGGCCAGGAGGACUACGACAGACUACGACCGCUGAGCUACCCAGACACUGAUGUAAUCCUGAUGUGUUUCUCAGUGGAUUCCCCUGAUUCAUUAGAAAAUAUUCCUGAAAAGUGGACCCCAGAGGUCAAGCACUUUUGUCCAAAUGUUCCCAUCAUUUUGGUAGGAAAUAAGAAAGAUUUGCGAAAUGAUCCCAACACAAUUCGGGACCUCGCAAAGAUGAAACAGGAGCCGGUGAAACCGCAAGAGGGUCGCGCCAUGGCCGAGAAGAUUAAUGCCUUUGCCUAUUUGGAGUGCUCGGCCAAGUCUAAGGAGGGUGUGAGGGAUGUGUUUGAGACGGCAACUCGGGCCGCGCUGCAAGUCAAAAAGAGGAAGAAGACCAGAUGCCUUUUGCUCUAAAAGAGCAAAUCAACAAACAUGAAAAUCUUUACCACACAGCAACAACAACAGCAUACACAAACUCACACAUACAACCAACCAACCAACAACACAACACACCUUUUUACAACAAUAACGAGCUGAACCACCACUCAACAAACAACAAAACAACAACAUUGGAUACAUCAAGCUGCAAAAAUCAACAACAAACAGCAAGAACAGCAAGUAACAUUGAGAAAUGAAAGAUCAUCGGAGGGAAGAGCAAGGAAGCAGCUCUCAAGCAGAAAGGUCAAGCGGAUUCAGUAGAGUGGACCCCGGGCAGAAUGUCAAAUGCGGAUUUGAUUUUAUAUACAGUCUAGUGUAGUUAUAAACCGAAAAGUAAACAGUAAUAACUAUGGCAUUAUUAUUUGUAACCUAGGGCAGAGAGCAGAUCGAUCAGUCAGCCACCUGCAAGCAAAUAUAUAUCGAUAUAUGUAAACAUAUUCAGAAGUUGUAUCCGUUUAUGUCCAGCUCCAUUGGUGUGUCAUUGUGAUUAAGUGGUCCAGCAGGAAGUCUAGCCGGAUGAGUAAAUUGUAAACUGUGGGCAGGUGUAUUAUCAGUGGAUCUAGUUAGACUUGUGCGCGGAAGGCGGAGAGAAAGCUAUGAGAUGCGAAAGUUAUGUUCCCUUUAAAUCCUAUCUGAGACAGCGCUAUGCAAGCAAGUGAAACUACAUUACACGAAAAGAACUAAACACAAAAACAAAACGAUAAAUGUUUAUUUAAAAAACUAAACGUAAGCCACAAAUGAGAUGCAUUCAGUUUUCGCGUGGGAGGAUGAUGAAAAACAAAAAUGGAUCAUGAUGAUGAUGAUGAUUUUGAUUAAAGUGAAACCAACUAUUUCGAGCGCAUUAAGCGGAUUUUUAAUAUUUGUACUUUGCAUUAAAACGAGUGGAAAACAUAAAAAAAAAAAAAAAAACGAUAGAUACUACAUUUCUUUUUUGUAUUUUGUACCGUCAAUCGUGUAAUUCUCACGCAGAAGUUGAAAAACUCUAAGAUGCAACAGAUACAACCAAACUAUAUAUAUACUUAUAAAUAAACAGUAAAUUUGAUCUA